AUGGACAACAGUGUGGCUUCGCCGAGCACAGGAGACGAAGACGACCCGGACAAAGAGAAGAAAAGGAACAAGAAGAGAGGCAUCUUCCCUAAAGUGGCCACCAACAUCAUGAGAGCCUGGCUCUUCCAGCACCUAACGAGAGAAAAGAGAGAAGGAGAGAAAAGAGAGGGAGAAAAGAGAGAGGGAGAAAAGAGAGAGGGAGAGAAAAGAGAGAGGAGGGAGAAAAGAGAGAGGGAGAAAAGAGAGAGGGAGAUAAAAGAGAGAGGGAGAGAAAAG